UGCCGUGAUUUAGGGAGAUAUAAAUUUCACUUUCUCCAGAACGACUGGUGAUUAAGAUUAUGUGGAUUCUACUCUGCUUUUAUCCUCUCCAAAUGUGUCCAAAACAGCACUGGUGUCCUGUAAACGACGCCUGUGUGUGGUGAUACAGACAAUCCCGUCUACAGCGCCUUGUGAUCGCCAUCCACCACUCAUCCAAAUGAUCCUUCCAUUAUUAUUCCUUCUUGCAUCGCUUCUCCCACAAUAUGGCUCGGAAGCUGAAUCAAGUCAUGUCAGCAAAUUUCACCUUCCAAGCGUAAAGGAGCAAAACGGAGUGCAAGAAUCCCAACAGGAGAAGAUCAUAACAGUAUCUGGAGAGGGAAUGAUCCACAGCCCAGACUUUCCACACACUUAUCCCAGGAAUACAGUGUUGGUCUGGAGACUAGUGGCAUCAAGCAACAUGAAGAUCCAGCUCACCUUUGAUGAGAGGUUUGGUCUGGAGGACCCUGAAGAUGGAAUAUGCAAGUAUGAUUUUGUGGAGAUAGAAGAACCAACUGAAAAGACCGUCUUGGGUCGCUGGUGUGGGUCCCAGUCAGCACCAACUAGUCACAUUUCCAAAGGCAGUCAGAUCAGGAUCCGUUUCAUCUCUGAUGAGUACUUCCCCUCUGAACCAGGAUUCUGCAUCCGCUACUCCCUUCUGCCUGUGCAGAGUGUAUCAGAACCUGAAGUUCCUGCGGUGCUUCCUCCAACCCUGCAUGGAAUUGAUGAGUUGUCAGACGCUGUGGCAGAGCUGGGCACUGUGGAGGAGGUCAUGAAGUACUUGGAGCCAGAGCGAUGGCAGUUGGAUAUAGAGGAGUUGUACAAACCCUCAUGGCAUGCACUGGGGAAAUCCUUCAUCCAUAAUAAGAAAGCCAAAGGAGGAGCUGAUCUCAACAUGUUGAGGGAGGAAGUUCGACUGUACAGUUGCACUCCACGCAACUUCUCUGUAUCCCUGCGUGAGGAGCUAAAGAGAACAGAUGCCAUUUUCUGGCCCAGCUGCCUACUGGUGCAGCGCUGUGGUGGAAACUGUGCCUGUUGCGCUCAUCGCUGCUACGACUGCCAAUGUGUUCCCGCAAGGGUCACCAAGAAAUACCAUGAGGUUCUACUGCUUAAACAUCGAAGCGGUGGCAGAGGCCUGCAGAAGUCCAUGACUGAUGUGGCCUUGGAGCACCAUGAGGAGUGUGCCUGUGUGUGUAAAGAUGACUGGGACUGACCUCAGACAUGUGUAAUAGCUGCCACUGGAAUCACACGGGACGUUAGAAAUGAACCUCCGCCACUGUUGCAAUGUUCUGUAUCUCAUCCACUUCCACUGGGAGCUAACAAGAUUCUCUUUUUUUAUCCUGUUGUCCUUUCGCUAAUUGGAUGAAGUAGAACAGACUGGAAUCUAAUAAAUCUGACUGAAUGGAUCUGACUGCUGAGGAAUACCAAUACUGUGCUCUGAGUGCAUUUUAGGGAGACAAAAAUUCACUGGAGCAGAUCUGGACUAUUACCUAUAUGCUCUGAAGACAAUUUUCGUCAGCUCCUCAGAGAUAAGAACUGUAUUUGGUGUUGAGGCAUUUUUGCCUCCUCUUCUUGAGAUUUUUUUUAAAGUUCAGCCAGCAUGGGCUGAAAGUGUUAUGGAAAAUGGGAGCUUCUUUGUUCAAGUACUAUUUUUAAAUGUCUAUAAGUGCGUUGGAUUCCUCUGCUCUUCUAUUAUUACCGUCAAACCAAAGAAAGGUGCCUUUUCAUGAGCAGUUUUUCUUUGCUUCACUCUUGUUUUACCACAAAUUUAAUCUGUGGUGAAACACAGCGACAGCAUUGCUGAACACCUCCCUAAUGAGACUGUAUCAUGUGUAAAUAUUUCAUUUAAAUUUCUUUUCCAUACCAUCGUGCCUUUUCUACCAAAGAGUCUCAAGCAGAAGUUGCACAUGUAGAAUCUGUUGGGUGUUGUUCAUCACGGCUCUGCAUCUAUCUCAGCAAUGCUUGUGUCAUGUCUGCUUGCUUCAGGAAUGCCUAGUUUUAAGCAGUUCUUGCUAUUUGAGAUUGUUCAUAUUAAGUAUUUAUUUGUUUAUUGAAAGGGAAAUUUAGGUCCAAAAUGCUGUUUGCUUGUGUCACUGUACAGUAAUAUUAGCCUCAAUUUUUAUUGUUAGUAAUUUUACAUU